UAUCUGACGAGCAAAGCCAUGAGGACAAAGGGGAAUAGUCUUCCUCUGUGCUGUGGCCGUGCAGAUACAGUAAGAGAGAUUUCAGGAGAUUUCAGGAGGAGAUCCACUGGAACUAUUUUCGACUCCACAGUAUAGCCCAUGUGAGCCCUAUACUGCGGUUCACUGUCUCCUGGGCCCCCGAGCCGUAUCAGAAAAAUGGUAAAAAGGAGCAGAUCCGACACCGUUUGAAUAGAACUGCGUGUAGGAGAUACUGUACAUUACUCACAAGCGGACAGGGUGGGCGAGGGUUGUCUUAAAUAACUGACGAAUGUGGUAUUAUAUAUGGAAAGAAUUGAAUCAGAUGGAUUACUGCUGCAGAGUAUGAAAGCCCCUCCCGAAGAUGAAACCUUACAGGAGAGAGUAACAAAAGCUCAGUCUCUCUUUUGUCCUUUCUUUCUCGGAGACAGUGAAGAAACCCACUGAACCCGUAGCUCAUCAACAUGCCGUAGCCAAUGGAGAUGCUCUUGGCCCCGCCCCUGCCGGUCUGACGAGAAUCCGCGUUCGACUGGAAACCGCUCUUCCAGCGGAGGCACCCGAAGUGGCGCACCACGACCCGCGGAGCUGAGCGACAGCAGCGCGCAGCCCUUGGAUGGAGACGCUCCAUCGUCCAGACGCAAUUUCUGGUUGAGUGACAAGCCUGCUGUCCCAUCGCCGCCAUGAUAGCCACGGGCGGCCUGCUGCGCAUGAACAGGCGCCAGGAUUCCCUCCGCUCCAAGAACCGAGCGGAGAACAAGCGGAAGCGGAAAUCCAAAAAGAAGAAGAAGAACGACGUGGUGGUGGUGAAGGGGAAGCUCAACCUGUGCUCCCCGGCCGGUUUCGUGGCAGCCGUUGGAGUUAUGGUUCUCAUGGUGGGGAUUUCCAUGGCCGUGCUGGGCUACUGGCCCAGCAAGAACCAGCACGAGUACCAGGAGCGCCGCCGGACAGGAGUGUACCACACCAACAGGAUGGGCUACUCCAAGAGUCCACCUGUUCCCUCAAACUCGACCCGUGAGAAGUCUCCCACCGGCCAGACAAACCCAAACAACCAGAGCCAUGCCAACAACAGCGCCCCCAACCCCUCCCCCAACUGUGGCUUCCUGUGUGACUUCCUGGAUAAUUACCUGUACUCAGACAAUCUGAAAGUCUUUGGCCCGCUGGUGAUGGGAAUCGGCAUUUUCCUCUUCAUCUGCGCCAAUGCCGUCCUCCACGAAAACCGAGACAAGAAAACCAAAGUCAUCAACCUGAGGGAUAUCUACUCCACGGUGAUAGAUCUGCACAGCAUACGCUCGAAGGAGUACACGCCCCUCAACGGUUUGGUGAACUACACUCAGUCGAGGAGUGCCGAGGCCCCGUCGGGCUCCUUGCCUGCCAGUGGGCUGCUCACCCGCAGCUCCUGGCCCUCCACCGGGAUCAGUUUCCCGAGCGAGUUUGGCGGUGACGAGGUGUUUCGACGGCAGUCUUUGGCCAGCAGGCCUCGGAGCUGGUCCAGAGAUGUCCAGACCUUCACAGACACUGUCUACAGCAUCUACAAAGACUACAGCAAUAGCAGCAAGCAGGCGCCAGAGACCCGGCAGUGGGAGACCACCUCCAUCGUCACCUCCUCUGUGAACGCUUUCACCCUCCCUGUGAUCAAACUGAAUAACUGUGAGGUGGAGGAGUCUGAGAGGGCGGGGGCAGAGGGACACUCUGGCGAGGGGGUCGUUAUCGAGGCCGCUGCUGAGAACGUGAGCGAGGAGGCACAGGCCGGCAGCAGCCGGACUGGGGAGAGGGACGCCACGGUGCGGGACGCCUCGACGACACAUCAACCCCCACCCCAUCAUAGCCAUGAGGACACAGACACAGCUGACCAGCAGGGGACGCCGCAGGCUCAGCCUCAACCACAGUGGACCCAGCUGUUUCCUCCAUCACCUGUUGCCAGGGCGAUGGGUUCGCGGCUGUCGCUCAACUCCCUCACGGAUCAGCCCCGGUCUGCGCGGCGCUGCAGCCUGUCUGUGUCUGUGGGUAGUCAAGGCGACAGAGGCAGGCGCUUCAGCUGCCCCCGCCUGGAGCGCUCCAACAGUAAGGGCUACAUCAAACUGACCGCUCUGGGGGGCGAGUCCUUCGAAGCCCCCGACACUGACACUUCUUUAGUGGACACUGAACAGGAAGUAGCAGCGGACUCAGUAGCUGCUGCAGCAGCAGCGGAGGAAGAAGCUCAGGGAGAGGACGACCUGGUGACACCCGGCACCUCUGCAGAAUACUAGACGUUUCCUUCUUUUUCUUCUUUUUGCUGAUGAGCCUCUUGAAACUCUUUGAUGUCUUGUUCUUUGCUCCUCUCGGGUUGCUGACAUGGAGCCGGCCAUGUCAGAGGAAAGGACAUUUGGAGAGAAAGCAGCUAAGGACUAUUGAAACAUAGCCAUGGACACUGAAGAGCAAGGUUCUUUACAAGUACCACAUCCACUACUCAAUAUUCAGAUGUAAAUUUUCUAUUUUUUUCAAUGUAGCAAGAGCAAUACUAAAGACUUGUAAGGAGAUUUAGUAAAGAUUUAGAAAAGAAGAAAAAUCUAAUCUGAUGAGUUUUGACCUUUCUUUUUUUUUAUAACAGUAGGGCGAAACAUUGUAGCUUGUAGAAUUUGCCAAAACUGUCGCGGAGACCUGCCGUCCGACAUGUUGUACUGUAGCAUCAACACCUGCCGCAAGAAAAAAGGAACUAGUCUAGAAAUUUAUUUCUCUACAUUGUUGUGUGAAUAUCACGUGAAUAAGUGGACUGAAUUGAAUCUCAGGUAGACGUUUGGUUUAGGAUCAGGGCCUUGAGGACAAGGUCUUCCCUAUUAUGUGCACACAUGUUUAUAUGAGACAUCCAUGGUUGAAUAAACUUGACUGUAACACCUCC